UAAUAAUAAUAAUAAUAAUAAUAAUAAUAAUAAUACCCUUAGUAAUAAGAUGAUGAUGAACCCGAAAAGCGCGAAUUCUGUGAGUAACAUAACUCAAAAUUCGAAUUCUAAUAUUAUGAAUGGCAAAAAUAUUAUUUCAAAUCAGGUUGCAAGUUCAAAUUCAAUGACAAAUCCAAAAUUCGGUUUAAGAGUACAACCGGAUAAUUUAAAAAUUGAAAAUGACAGUAAUGAUAGAAACAUGAAGAAAACUGUUUCGGAUAGUAAUAAGAGAAAUUCUACUAACAUUAGUAGCAACAACGCGAAGAAUAUUAUGGCAAAAGAAGAAAAUAGCGGUAAAGACCUUUUGACGAAUAAAAUCAAUAUUAAUAAUGGUUAUAACAAUAAUAACAAUAAUAACAAUAAUAAUGGUAUUAGUAAUAAUAAUAAUCACAAAGACAUUAAUCAAAGUAUUAAAAAAACUGACAAUAACAAUAACAAUAGCAAUAAUAACAAUAAUGAAAAGACUGAUAGUGCUAUCAUAAAUAAUAAUAGCAACCUUCAGUUGUUGAAGGAAGAUGUGGGUUCAAAGAUAAAUGGCAACAUAUCGGAAAAGAACCAAAAUUCUCAAAAGCUCACUGAAGGAAUCACUAAAGAAAACCAAGAUGGAAAAGCAAAUCCCUCUGCAACACAAAGUCUCGAAGAUAAUAAAUUACAGCCAGAUGACUCACAAAGUGUAAUUAAUCUAUCGAGUAUAGAUAAUGGGACCUCGACACUUGAUAUUCCAGAUUCCGAAAUUAUCAUAAAACUAAACAAAAGUCGCAAAAGAAAACCAGAAAACACCUAGCACCUUAUCUCAUUGGCUUCGAUGUUUACAUUUUAAUUUUUUUCGGUUCAAGCAAUAUAUUAUAAAAUUGUUAGUUUUCUUUGAUCAUGUAUUUUUAACUUUUUCUGUGUUUUUUUUUUUGUGAUAUUAAUAAUUAAUUAGAUGUUAAUAAAUGUUUUAC